CUUCAGGAGCUGAUUAAGAUUGCCACACAUUUCAAAAUCGAGCGGCCACCGUUUAUGGAGAAAUCCGAACUGCUGAUUCUCGUGUGGAACCGAGUCAUCAAACUCAACGCACCCAACAAACACAAGAGCAAUGGCAGCACCACCCGUGCCAGCCCUGGGGGUGUCAGUUCAAACGGCAACGCAGCCAACCAACCCCACCAACGAGCCACGAGGGGGCAACCACAAGCCACACGGACGACCACCCAGGCACCCAGGCCAACAACAAGCACACAGCAACAGCCACCCACUCGCUCGGCGGAGGCCAAGGCAUCGCCCGAUAACCCGUUGGCGGGGAUAGGGCAGGACAUCAGCAACGCUUUCAAAGGGGCGGUGUCAGGCAUUGGAGACAUGUUGAACAGUGUGGAUGAGUCUAUCAAUCCCAGCAACAGGCGAGCCAGUGGCCCCGCCCAGGGCAGCCGCAGCGGGACAGCGGCACGCUCCAACAGCAACACACAGACCAGCAACAGUAGCACAGCCAACCCGAGUGCCAGAUCACAUACGAACACGAGUGCAGGCACACCAGGCACCACCACAGGCACGGGAACAACUGCCAAUACCAACACAAACGCAAACUCACGGACUAGCCCAGCCACGCAAACAACCACGCACCCCAACACAGGCACUGACAGACGAUCACCCAACACACGCACCACGGGCGGUGACAGGAGCAGCAGUACCCCCGCCAAUGCAGACACCGACAAGGACAAGAAGACACUGUAUCUGCUGGAAGACCUACACACAGAGGACCAGGUGCGGGCACUGAACAUUCGCCAGCUCAAGUAUGUGCUGCAAAAGCAGCACGUGACCUACGCCGGCGUGGUGGAGCGCAGAGAACUGCACGACAUGGUCAUGCGGCUGGUGCGGCAACAGGCCAUGGACAACCUCGGACUGUACGCCCGAAGCCCCACCAAACGCACACGCAGCAAGCCAGAGGACGCGGGCAGCGACGGGCGAUCGCCUAACGACACCAGCGCAACCAGCCUGAGCAUGGGCAUUGGCGAUGACGACGACGAGGAUAAGGACAUGUGCAAGAUCUGCUACGAACGCCAUGUCAACUGCGUAUUUCUGGAGUGUGGCCAUCUGGUCACGUGUGUCGACUGUGGUUUCCAGCUGACCGAGUGUCCCAUUUGCCGACAGUUUAUCACCCGGCGUGUGCAUACUUUCCGAGCUUAGUACUGGAUGUGCGACUAUGGACGUCUUGGUUGAAUUUAGGCUGCUAGUGUGCGAUCGAACUAAUGGAUCUCACUCACUCGUAUAUGACAAAUAAACACAGCGCACUGUGCCGGCAUACUUGUGUGAUACG